UGAAAAGACAGAAAAAUUGAAUUGAAUUUAGAUUAUGAAGCAUCGAACAACUGUGACCCUUUUUAUCUCAUUCUGUAUAUGAAAGACAACAAAAAAGAAGCGAUAGAAAUUAGAACCUAAGAAGAAAUAUAUGCUCAUCUCUCUCUCUUUAUUUUCUCUCUCUACAAUCGGUGGCUUUUUCUCCAUAUCUUUGAAGAAAAUUGAAUCAAAAUCAUGGGUCUUUGUGCAUCAGCUCCAAAAUCAAGAACAAACCCAGAAAGGAAUCAGUUUCAGAACCAUCAAAAAAGCAAUCUUUUUAGCUAUAAUCAAACAAACCCACCUUCCACCAACAGCCCACAAAAGUUUUCCGGCCAGGUUCCGCCGCAAACCACCACAAGUCCUGGUGGCGGUGGUGCAGGUGGUGGUGGUGGUGGUGGUGCUACUCCUUCUUUCUCUGAAUUCUCUUUCGCCGACCUAAAAACUGCUACUAAUAAUUUCAGUACAGAUUUAAUUGUAUCUGAAAGUGGUGAAAAAGCACCCAAUCUUGUGUAUAAAGGAAGGCUCAAGAAUCGUCGGUGGAUUGCUGUCAAGAAAUUCUCCAAAUUGGCAUGGCCGGACCCUAAACAAUUUGCGGAGGAAGCAUGGGGUGUAGGGAAGCUGCGACAUAAAAGGCUGGCUAAUUUAAUCGGUUAUUGUUGUGAUGGUGAAGAGAGGUUGCUUGUUGCUGAGUACAUGCCAAAUGACACUCUUGCUAAGCAUUUAUUUCACUGGGAAAAUCAAACAAUCGAGUGGGCUAUGCGAAUAAGGGUGGCUCAAUACAUAUCCGAUGCCUUAAACUAUUGUAGCACCGAAGGUCGUGAAGUGUAUCAUGACCUCAAUGCCUAUAGGGUUCUCUUUGACGAGGAGGGAGAUCCCCGCCUUUCAUGUUUUGGAUUCAUGAGAAACAGUCGGGAUGGAAAAAGCUAUAGCACGAAUCUUGCAUAUACGCCUCCAGAAUAUCUCAAACAUGGAAGAGUCACCCCAGAAAGCGUUGUAUAUAGCUUUGGAACAGUUCUUUUAGAUCUCCUAAGUGGGAAACACAUCCCACCAAGUCACGCGCUCGAUAUGAUUCGUGGAAAAAACAUCAUACUUUUAAUGGAUUCACAUUUAGAAGGGAACUUUUCAACCGAUGAAGCAACUAUAGUCGUUGAUCUUGCAUCUAAAUGUUUGCAAUAUGAACCGAAAGAUAGACCUACCAUUAAAGACCUUGUAGCAACACUUGGUCCACUUCAAAACAAAUGCGAUGUUCCAUCUCAUGUAAUGCUUGGAAUUUCUAAACAAGAGGAAGCUCCAUUAACUCCACAACGCCCACUUUCACCUUUAGGAGAGGCUUGUUCCCGAAAGGAUCUUACUGCAAUUCAUCAAAUUUUGGUUAUGACACAUUAUCGUGAUGAUGAAGGAACCGGAACUAAUGAGUUGUCGUUCCAAGAAUGGACUCAGCAGAUGAGAGAUAUGUUGGAGGCAAGGAAACGAGGAGACCAAGCAUUCCGUGAUAAGGACUUCAAAGCUGCCAUCGACUUUUAUUCACAGUUCAUAGAUGUGGGAACGAUGAUUUCACCAACAGUUUAUGCAAGGAGAAGCUUGUGCUAUUUGCUAUGUGAUCAACCGGAUGCUGCUCUUAGAGACGCCAUGCAAGCACAGAUUGUAUAUGCAGACUGGCCCACAGCCUUUUACAUGCAAUCGGUUGCUCUUGGAAAGCUGGACAUGCAUCAAGAUGCACUUGAUAUGUUAAAUGAGGCUUCUGGGCUUGAACAAAAACGACACAAAGGUGAACGACGAGGGUCGUAGAUAUAGUAUUUUAUUGGUGGGUGGCAAGUUUUUUUUUUCUUGAAAACAGUGGUUAACUUCAAAUUUUUGAAUGGAUUUUACAUACAAAAGUUUUUAUAUACUUUGAUAAAUGCAAAGCUUGUUGAUUAUAGUA